AUGAUGAGGCUUCUUUUCUUUAGUGAAAAUAUUUCAGUCUGUGCGAAACGUUCUUUUUCGAACAUCCAGUCUUUUUUGCACGAUCCGCCUUCAUAUCUCCGUACUAUGCUUUAUAUCUUUGUACUCGGUAAACAUCCUGUCUUCUUGGCGCCAGCUUUUCUAUCUUUGUACUUGGAAGGCACCCUGUCUUCUUACUCGCCAGGCUUCAUAUCUUUGUACUCAGUAGACAAUACUGUCUUCUUAACGCCAGCUUUUCUAUCUUUGUACUCGCUAGGCUUCUCGUCUUCUUACUCGCCAGGCUUUAUAUCUUUGGACCCUGUAGGCAUCCUGAUUUCGUACGCACCAGUGUUCCCAUCUUUAUACUCGAUAGGCUUCUCGUCUUCUUACUCGAAAGCCGUCAUAUCUUUAUACUCAGCUUCCCGUCUUUUUAAACGACACGCUUUCAUAUCUUUCGACUCGACAGGCAUCCUGUCUUCUUGCACGUCAGCCUUCAUAUCUUUGUACUCGGUAGGCUUCUCCUCUUCUUACUCGCCAGGAUUUAUAUCUUUGUACCCUGUAGGCAUCCGGUUUUCUAACACGCCAGCGUUCCCAUCUCUGUACUCGGCAAGGCUUUCGUCUUCUUGCUUGAAAGCCUUCAUAUUUUUGUACGCGGUAGGCAUCCCGUCUUUUUACUCACAAACUUUAAUCUCUUUGCACUCGAUAGCUUUCUCGUUUUCAUUACUUUGUUAUCUUUAA